AUGUCAGAGAAACGCAUACUACUCCCUGCGAAGGAGGCUGCCAAGUUCAAGCAGAUUCUCAAGUGCUAUGAAACAAAACAGUAUAAGAAGGGUCUGAAGAUGUGUGAACAGAUCCUCAAGAAGGUUAAGAACCAUGGCGAGACGCUGUCUAUGAAGGGAUUGUGUCUGAAUGGCUUAAAUAGAAAGGAGGAGGCCUAUCAUUUCGGACGUGAAGGGCUCAAGUACGACAUGAACAGUCAUGUGUGCUGGCACGUGUACGGUCUGAUGUACCGCUCCGAUAAGAACUACCCCGAGGCAAUUAAGUGCUACCAGAAUGCCCUUCAGCACGAUAAGCUGAACACCCAGAUUCUGAGAGACUUAUCAUCGCUUCAGAUACAAACGCGCGAUCUUGAAGGUUUCAAAGACACGCGUAUGCAACUUGUACAGAUCCGCUCUCAGGCACGCGUGUCGUGGAUUGGACUGGCGAUGAGUUAUCAUCUCCUCCAAGACUACAAAAUGGCGCGCGAUGUGCUGCAAGUCUACGAAGAUACGCUCAAGAAGAGCGUAGCUGCCGCACCCGGUGCACCGGUCGAGAGGAGUGUGGGCACUCAGUACGAACAUAGCGAAAUGCUGCUCUACAAAGCCAUGAUCGUUGAGGAAUCGGGGGAUAUUGAGCAGGCCAUUAAAAUUCUGGACGAGAACAAGAUCGACAUAGUGGAUGUACAGGCCUACAAGGCACAACGCUCUAGUCUGUUGUUGAAGGCCGGGCGAUUCGGCGAUGCGGAAAAGAGCUAUAGAGAUAUGAUCGACACAAAUCCUGAUGACAUCAAUCACUACCUAGCCCUGGAGGCGUGCCGUAAGGGCCUCAGAGGCGAAGAUACACCCGACGCGCAAUUCCGAGAAAGUCUUGAGGAGCUCUACAGAGAGAUGGGUGAGAAAUUCCCCAGGUCUACUGUUCCCAAACUGCGUCUACUCCAAGUUACACAGGCCGACAGUGAACUCUUUCGGGGACAACUGAAGAAGUUCCUACAACGGUCGUUACGCAAAGGUCUGGUGUCUCUAUAUGCGUCUGUAAAGACCCUGUACGCCGAUCGAGCGAAGGCAGCCGUAAUCGAAGAGGUUGUCGAGGGAUAUCUAACCGAACUGAAGAAGAGUGGCAAGCUAUCUAGUGGAGAGGAGGCUGAGGAGAAUCCCGCCACGCUAGUCUACGUGGAAUACUUUUUGGUCAGGCACCACAUUAAAUGCGGCCAUUUGCAAAGGGCUCUGGAACUUAUUGAAUCCGGACUAAGCCACACACCCACAUUCUUAGAAUUCUACACCGCUAAGGCACGUUGUUACAAGGCAAGCGGCGAUCAUGCAAAGGCCGCUGACAUCAUGGACGAGGUUCGAUCGCUCGAUACCGCAGACAGGUACUUGAACUCAAAGUGCGGCAAGUAUAUGCUUAGAGCCGAUCGACCCACGCAGGCGCAAGAGAUUGUGGGAUUAUUCACUAGGGAAGGUGUCGAUCAGGUGGAUAACAUAAAUGAGAUGCAAUGCAUGUGGUUCGAGAACGAGACCGGCGAGUCUUACCUGCGCAUGAAGAAUUACGGCAUGGCGUUGAAAAGGUUCCAUCAAAUAGAACAACACUUUGUGGAUAUCAACGAGGAUCAAUUCGACUUCCAUGCGUAUUGUAUGAGGAAGAUGACUCUUCGUUCUUACAUACAGAUGAUCAGGUUAGAGGACGGUCUACGCUCGCACAGUUAUUUCAAAGCCACGGCCAUGUCUGCAAUAAGGGCAUACAUAGAGCUCGCCGGCGCGCGCGCGGCCUCUCCCACCGGUGUCGUCAAUACUAGCGGAGAGUCAGGCGAAGGUGCCAAUGGGUCAGGUCUGUCGGUUAAGGAACAGAAGAAGCUGCUGUCUAAACAGCGCCGAGAGGCCGCCAGGGCUCAGCAGGCGGGAGAGGCUACCAAGGAUAACAACACGAGGGAGGCGGAGACGAAGAAGGCGCAGGAAGCUGUCAAGAAGGAGGAUAAGGAUGCCAAUGGAACUGAACUGGCGAGCACGACCACCCCUAUAGACGAGGCCAUCAAGACAUUCCUUAAGCCUUUGCUAGCACACUCUCCGAAUGACAUAGACACACAAAGGACUGCUGCCGAAUUAUACAUGUACAAAAAGCAAUAUGUGCUUGCGCUGAAGGCUCUGGUAGCCGGUAAGCAGAUCUGUGAGGAUGACCCUGGAUUGCUGGUACAACGAGUACGCUUUGCACUGGCAACGAAAGACGCACAACUACCCGAAGUUGUGCGAAAGGUUGUGGACACCCAUUUGGCCACGAUUCUGGAUGAUAUGCAGCUACAACUGCACAUUAAGAAGUAUCAAAAGGAGAGUUCAGGCAAAAGCUUGCUGCAUAUGCUUGCCGGAUUUCAAGCAGAGACUUUGGUCAACGGUAAAUCCGAAGACUUGACGAAGCGAGCGGUUGCUGCACUCACACAGCUGAUCAAUGAGAUGGACUCGGCCGACAUGGUUGUGUCGCAGAUCAAGAAGGUUCAAUCAACACUCAAGACAACAUUCGCUCAACAUGAAAGCACUGACGAGUUCAAGCAAGCGUGUUUGGAGAAGUCUGCGGUAUUAGCUCUACUGUAAAGGUGAACUUUGACGAGUGAUCGUGUCUUGACGGUGGUAAUAGUAUAUAACUGCCGGUUUCAGCCCCGAUUUUGAGCUUAUUCAUUUUCCAGCUCAAUUAUGCACGCUAUGCCGCUGGCGCGUUAAAAUGGGAAUUUCUGAAAGGCUUUCACAUGAAUUACAAUCAGAAAAAUAAUAAAGUGCAUCACUGUGUGGGGUGAACGUCCCGUGAGCAUCGUACCAAUUCGCAAGAACCGUACAGAGAGUUGCUGCACAAAAGCGUGUUUCAGG